UUCUCUUCUCUUAAAAGAGCUCUCUUUGGCUUUCUCUCACACACAUCAGCUCUCUCCCUCUCGCUGUCUCUCUUCUCAGUUCGCCGGGAGAGAGGAACAAACCGGGUUCCGGUUAUCUCUUGUUUGCUCGACGAACCAAAAACUUUCCUUAUUGCGCGUUGUUAUGGUGGUAAUGUGGGUUUGACUAAACUUCUCUGUUAACGUUCUUCUUCUCUCUAUGGAUUCUUCUUCUCUCGAUGGAGCUGCAGGUGACUCAUCAAAAUGCAGCGAAAUGAGUGUUGAUGAGAAGAGACAGCUUGUUUAUGAACUCUCCAAGCAGCAAUCACACCUAGCUACUGAAGUGCUUCAGGCAUGGAGCCGCCAAGAGAUUCUACAGAUCCUAUGCGCUGAAAUGGGGAAAGAGAGAAAGUACACGGGCCUGACCAAAGUCAAGAUCAUCGAAGCUCUUUUGAAAAUUGUAUCCGAGAAAAACUCUGGAGAGUAUGAUGAGAAGAAGAAGAAGAAGAAAACGAAGAAGAAAGGAGAUUCUGAAUGUUCGCCUGUUGAGAGAAACUCAAAGAGACAAAGGAAAGUCGAUGAUCCUACUCGCUACGUGGCUCCUCCAACGAGCAACAACAAUGCCUCAGGGAGCUGCAACUCAGUUAAUACAAAAGGUGAGGAGAACACUACUAUCUACUGCAACAACUUGGCUUGCCGGGCCGUACUGAGACAGGAAGACUCGUUUUGCAGAAGGUGUUCUUGUUGCAUUUGCCGUAAGUAUGAUGAUAACAAAGAUCCUAGUCUCUGGUUAACAUGCAGCUCAGACCCUCCAUUUGAAGAAGGUGACUCUUGCGGGUUCUCUUGUCAUCUUGAAUGCGCUUUCAAGAGUGAGAAGUCUGGUCUCGCAAGUGGAGGUGGUGAUUGCUGCUGCUUCUACUGCGUCUCCUGCGGUAAACCAAACAGUUUGCUCGAGUGUUGGAAGAAGCAGCUGACUAUUGCUAAAGAAACCAGAAGGGUGGAUGUGCUGUGCUACCGUCUCUUAUUAGUCCAGAAGCUUAUAAAGGGCUCCUCGAGUAAGUACCAGAAUCUUUGUGAGGUUGUUGAUGAAGCUGUGAAGAGUCUUGAAGAUGAUAUUGGUCCUAUCACUGGUCUCCCUAUGAAAAUGGGUAGAGGGAUUGUGAACAGACUACAAUCAGGACCUGAUGUGCAGAAACUCUGCUCUUCUGCUCUUGAAUCUCUUCAGACACCUCCUGAAGCUGCUGCUGCAUUGCCUUCACCACGCAGCUCAGCCAAGAUCAGAUUCGAGGAUGUUAACGCGAAUUCACUCACGGUGAUUCUAGCAUCCAACGAAGUUGCCUCGCCAUCAAACAUCGUUCAUUACAGUAUUUGGCAUCGUAAGGUGACAGAGAAAGAGUACCAGGAGAAGUCAACCUGCACAUUGUUCACUCCAAACGCCAGGUUUGUUGUCUCUGGAUUAGCUCCAGCUUCUGAGUACUGCUUCAAAGUUGUGUCCUAUAGCGGAACACGAGAGCUUGGAGUCGAUGAGAUCAGUGUCUUGACUCGUAGCCCUGAAGAAGAAGUAGAAGAAGAAAGAAGCGAAAGCCCUCUCACAAACUGCAGCACCUUGUCUUCUAACCCUUCUUCUGUUGAAGCUGAGUCCAACAACGGUUACAUUGUUCCUCAGAACCAGACAAAAGAUUCUCCUUCUACUGAGGAAAAUGCUGCUAAAAUGACAACAGACACUGUGCAGACUGAGAAGAACGUUGUGUUGUUAGAUGAGGAAGCUGUUCCAGACAAGAACAGAGAAACUCUAAUCCCGGCGACUACGACGAAUCUCUUACCCAUUACUCCCUUCAGGUCAGACCAAACCAAGAACCGUCAAGCUAGAAACGGGAAGUCCGUUAAAGAAAACGGUAUUAAUAACGGGGAUCAUCAUUCGGUAAACGGUGGAUCAGAGAGUGGACUUGAGCAUUGUGUGAAGAUCAUGAGACAGCUCGAGUGUUCAGGACACAUUGAGAAAGAGUUCAGACAGAAGUUUCUGACUUGGUAUGGCUUGAGAGCGACGCCACAAGAGAUUAGAGUUGUGAAGAUAUUCAUAGAUACUUUUACUGAUGAUCCUGUGGCUUUAGCUGAGCAGCUUGUUCAUAGUUUCAGCGACCGCGUUUCUAGUAAGCGUGCUGCGGUUGGUGAUGGUGCGUCUGCGGUUGUUCAGUCUGGUUUCUGCAUGAAGUUGUGGCAUUAGAUAUUUGGGGUUUAAUCGGUUUUUAUUAAAAGUCAAAAACUUUAUUUAUCAUUGUUGGAACAUUUCCAUGCAAGAAAAUUACUAUUGGUAUCUAUUUGUUUUUUGUUUUUUCUUGUCAGGAUUAUUAUUUUUGUGGAGUUUAUAAUCCAAUUAUAUAUAGCAUAGGCUGAACCAUUGUUUUGUUAUACC